UAGAUAGCUAUACAUUUUUCCAGAUCCGUGAAACUUGAAACUAAAAGUACGGGAAAAUCUUAAAAAUAAUACAACAAAAAUAAUAAAAUUAAUAUUCACCAGGAAAAAAUAAAAUAAAAUAAAAUAAAAACUGGAGAUUCAUGUGUUCUUUUGUAUUUCUCACUUGUCUCUUCAACUUUUGUGGACUUCCACAGCUUUCACAAUGGCAUCACUCGAGAACCUUCACCUCGUGUUUCCUCUGGUAGCCCAUUGCUUAUUCUGGGCUGCCGGAGCCGUACAUGCUCCUUCGAAUCCGAACACGAGCUUGCUCCUCCUCUUCAACUGCUCGCUCCGAAUUCCUGAGAGUUCGAGCCUCGCCCAAGAUUGCUCGCUCAUCCGAGCGGCCGAUGAAGAGGCUCAGUACUUGUGCUCGUAUAUGGGUGACAUUAAGAAGCCGGGGAUUUGGCCCAACUCGAGGAAGGCCCUCAACUGCUCGAAUUACCGAUCGGUGUACAUAAACUCUAUGGAUGAAUACAAACUCGCGACGAGGAUGUCCGUUCACAUACCGGACCAUGUCCCCAACCUGUGCGACCAAUGCAAGAAUCCCGGUGGGCACUGCGGGGUGGGACUGAAGUGCAUCUGCCACCCAAAAGAAUGCAAGGAACAGCUUAUAUCGAGGAGUGGACCAAGCAACAUUUUCGGUAAUAUGAUCUGCUCUGUCCUUACUUCCAUUGUUCUACUGAUGGGUUCCCACCUUAGCAGUUGAGCUCUGUACUCUUUAGCAGGCAAAUUACCAUUUACUUCUGGAAAAUUGCUAAAUCGCUUAAGGAACUCAUUUUUUCGCAGCCUGAAAAAGGUAUAAAACUUUUCGGGUCGCAAUCAUUUCGACCCGGCAGGCAGAGUGACCAGAUCAAACCCGGUACUUGAUCUCUUGCUUUGUGAAAAGGGUUGUGGCAUGCCUCAGGGAGAAUGUCAAAAUUUCGUAAGCCUAUCAUUGCUGGCUUCUCUUUCAACAGCUUUGCCUAACAAAGUUAAUUGUCAUUACAUGGAUGAAUCCAAGAAAAUAUGCAGACUAAAAAUAACCAUUAUGGAGAA